AUGGAUACCCUCACUACCAUCGUUCUUUUCAUUCUAUUCAUCUCCUUCAUGACAUUUGUUGCCUUCUUCGGCAGACUACCAGCUCUCAGAAACACUCCCAUAGCAUGGCUCCACCGCUUCAUGUGGGAUACCCUCCCCAGUGCCGUGCUAGCCCUGGACCAAAAGGUCACAGGAGGCCGGCUGAGCUCAUGCAUGCGACGGUUUGGCAACCACAUGCUCUAUGAUAGGCACCCAACUGUUCUCAUCUUCUACAUCGUCCUCCUCUUUGGCGGUGAGGCCUUGUUCAUCCCAACUGUCUGGCCGCUCCUCAGCGCCACACAACGGCUCACGGUCACGAUCUUCAUCGCCUGUCCCUACAUCUUCCUCUGGCUCUCCGCCACGUCUGACCCCGGAUACAUCACGCCUGAGAAUCACACCUUCCAGAUGGCCCAGUAUCCCUUCGACUUCGCCAUGUUUCACCCCGGUGCACACUGCCGAACCUGUCAGCUGCUGAAGCCCGCACGGUCCAAGCACUGCAGCAUCUGCAAACAUUGUAUCGCCAAGUCGGACCACCACUGCAUCUUUAUCAACAACUGCGUCGGCGCCGGCAACCUGCACUGGUUCAUCCUGUUGCUGCUUAGCACGGCCGUGCUCCUCACCUACGGGACGUGCCUGGGGCUGAGCCUGCUGAACCUCGCCAUCAAGGUGCGGUACCCGGAUUUCUCCAUGUGGCCGCCCGCUGCGACAAACUACAACUGGGACACGUACUUCUUGCUAUGGUCACACGCCCUGCAGAGUAAUGUGGGCAUGGGCGCCGUCACGUUGCUGAUGCUGCUGACGGCCCCGCUCGUAUGGGGAUUGUGGGCAUACAAUAUUUACAUGAUCUGGGCGGGAACAACGACCAACGAGUCUCUCAAGUGGUCCGACUGGAAGCUCGACAUCGCCGACGGCUAUGCCUACAGGCGGUGUAUGUCACCCACGCGUGAGAAGGACCUGCGCUUCGAGCCUGCGUGGACGAAAUGGCCUGUCGAGUCGCAGCAGAUCAUGAUCCACACGGACAACGGGCCGCCGAGGGCGGACAGCACCAACAUCCCCGGCCGGGGAGAGUGGACUAGGGUAGUGGCGCUGGCAGAGGUGGACAACUUGUAUGACUUGGGCUUCUGGGAUAACCUCAGAGAUGUGUUCUGGCCUCGGUAUCGGUUUGCAAAGGGUGGUGGUAUACCCGUGGGGGAGAGGGUCGACAGAGGUCGACAGCGGGAACGCCGCCAAGACUGACACGGAGCAUAGAGUCAUUCCAGUGGCCUGAACUUCACUGGUAUAGUCGUGAAGGAACAGCAUCCUCAAGACCAUCGGGGGUAUGUAUGAUUCCGUCUCGUCGAGAUGAAUGGCCAAAACCAGCAU